AUGGAGUGGAUUCGUGGAUGGAACAAGGCGCCAGUUCAGGAGACGUUUCGAGUCAAGACCAAGCUCAACUCGGAGGAAGCUGUGCGGCGAUUCAACACGUUACGUCAAGAAUGGGCACUGCCAAUGAACCGCAUGAUUGAACUCUGCCGGGAAGAGGGAGUGGACAAAAGGCUGGAAGAGGAGCUGGAGGCUACGAUGGAGGACCUAUCUCUCAGCAAGCAACUGUUGAGUGAGCAUUGCGUCGGCGAGAGGGAAUAUUUGGGGACUGCAGUGUUGAAGUCGGAGGGAAUGCUGUCCAAGACCAAGGAUUUGUUGUUACGGGUCGACCUCGCGCAACGCACUCGUCAAAGACUUCCACAUGGCUUUCACCUUCGUGUGCAAGCCCUAACCACACAACUUGGUGAGGGGCGCCGGUUGUUGGUCAGCAUGCGCCAUAAGGUUGAAGAGGAAUCCCACCAGACAGCUGCUGGCGAAGGAGCGGGAUCUGCACGCGGGACAGGUUGGGCAUAUCUCUCAGGGAACACAAAGGGGGUGGCAGAGGAGCAUCAUGAGAGGGAGCAUCUGUUCACGGGGCUUGGAUGGCGGCAGCCUCAACGUUGUCGCUGUCUUGAUUACCGGUGA